GUACUCCACUCGGUACACGUGUACCGGGGGAGAUACGUGAGACCGAACGUACACAAUUUGCAACUACGUCAGUGUCAAGGUCUAAACCGACCACGGAUCGUAGCCACCGUCGUCAUUGAAAAACGAUAUUGUACAUUCCUUGGGAAUGAAAUAAGUCCGCCAGAUGAUUACAUAAACGUUCGAUAUUGGUCUUUGACCCUGGUUCUAACCUGUCUUUUAGCACGUAAAGACAGGAACUUUGUUGUUGUACCGAACCGUGUAUUGUUCCGACACUGAAGAGAACGUCAAUCGAAAACAUCGAAUAUCGUAAUAUCCACGCACGAUACUGCAUGCGUCAGUAAAACGACGCCCGUUGACGCUGUUGAAACAUGAUAAUGAAGGAAGAAGCGAACAACGAGGAGCCGAAUAAGGAACAGUGGAUACUCGAGGCGCAGGCGAUCAUUGACGACGUGAAGCAGCAUGUAACCGACAUCAAGGUGUCAAACAAACUACGGAAUAGCAACCAAUCCUUCCAUUUGAACUUGACCACGCUAGAAGGCUCGAGAUUUUGCAUAGAAGUGUCGACUGCUGGCUUUACCGUCGUUGGUAACGAACACGACGACAUGACAUCGAAGGGAGAGAACGAGCGUUUCGAGACGCCGUACAGCUUGUUGAACUUCGUUAGCUCGCAGUACAAAGACUCGUUUGGCAGUUCGCUUGUUCACAGGCUCGAACAAUUAAACGACUCGAGCAAAUUUAAUUAGGACUUUUCCCAUCGAGUUUAUCUCCGACCGUACUCCUGCUCUGCUUCGUUGACAUUGAAUAGAACUGUCGUGAAAUGACAUGACAGUUAAAUUAGUAGGUAGUAGCUUGUUGCAUAAAUGUAUAUACACACGUAUCUUUUAAUAUUAAGUCUUUGAGAUCCGAAAUAAAUUAUGAUUCUCGUCAGAUGCGUUUCCUCUUUGCGCAGCACUCAUUCAGCCCGAGUCUAGCCGAAGAUAUCCGAGUGCACGGUAAUUUGCAAAGGCAGUGUCGUAUCCGAGACAAGUUUCAAAGUAUCCCCUGUGUUUUGACUCGGAGCGUCAUGUAUAUACUAUUAAGUCUCCACUCGAGAACUUGUAACGACGCAUAUUUUAAUUUCCUAGUGUCGUAAUUAAUACGUAAUUUCGUAGUACAAAUUGCAUACGUAGUCUAAUAGUCAACGUUCGAAUCAAUUAAAGCUAAACGAGAAACAUACAUGUACUAUAAACUAGUGAAAUUUACUUAAUUAUAAAAAAACAAUUUCUUAGUACGUGAUUACUCGCUGCACGACACGUCGAACAGAACUUGUGACAACAUACGACGCGUUCUAUUUUAAUUUCCAACUGUUGAUGCGUAAUUCGUUUUCGUUGCACAAAGCACAACGUUUAAAACAAUCAAAGCUGAACGAGAGGCAUGCACGCAUAAAACAUGUCGGACGUACGAUAAAACAGUACGUUAUCAGUGAAAUUUAUUUGAUGAGCGACUAAAAAAAAAAAAAGAUAUCCAUUGGAUUCGUACGAACGCGCGGUGAUACGGAUUGAGAUAGAUACGGCAGUGCGAUAUCGACGAAUCGCGCGUCCCUAGGAAAUAUCCCUAGGAAUCGAAAGAGAUCAGUCGGUGCAAGUGGUAAUAUCGGUUGCGUUCAUCCCCUCCUCUACGUCCCUACGUUGCCUCUGUGUGCCGUUUGGCGUAUUCCACUGUCGGGUCGUGAAGCAACGAAGCGGUUCUUUGCCGAGUGUAUGUCGUAUACCGUGUUCGCGUAUCGCGAUGAUUCUGAAUGAGUUCACCGUCGAUUAAGUGCCUGAGGACGAAAGUGUGUGCCGCGUUUGUUAAUAUCGGAGCGGGUGAUGCUACGAUGCCGAACGGUGAACUAUGACACGCCCGUGAAAAAACGAUAACAACACUCCUAUCCUCCGAUUGACCAGAGAGACGAAACGACAGAGAGAGAAAGAGAGAGAAUAUAACGCAAUACGACGGAAGGCUCCUGCUUUCUGUAUUCUUCGUGUGACACUCGCCUCGAGUGAAACCAUGCUUCAGCCAAGAGCUACGUGAAGUACGCGAAAACGGUGACGAAG